GUUGUUUGAUCCACACCGGUCUCCGUACAGGAAUUUUCCUAGCGUGACGUCAUUAACCCUGCCAGCGGGGAGCGGGCUUGGGUAUUAGCAAACGAACGGGGCAGUUAAAGCACUCGCUUCUAGAACAAUGAGCGAGGACUGAGCGAAAGAAAAGUCGCAGAAGCGGACGUCGUUUAUACAGUUGGCGUUGGGGAACAGAAAAGCGUCUCGAAGAAUGUGAACACGCCGACAAGUUACAUGGAGGAACGGCAAGGUGCAGAAGGGUGUUACUGCAUUAGAUGUGGAGGGAAGAUCGGAGAUGCUCUGUUUGUCAAAGUGCUAAAUGAAGUCUGGCAUACAUCUUGCUUUCAGUGUUCAGAAUGUUGUGAUCAUUUGAUUAACUGGUAUUAUGAGAAAGAUGGCAAGCUGUACUGUCGUAAACACUACUGGGAAAAGUUUGGCGAAUCCUGCCACGGGUGCUCCCUGCUUAUGACUGGCCCUGCAAUGGUGGCAGGGGAAUACAAGUACCAUCCAGAAUGCUUUGUAUGCUUGAACUGCAGGGUGAUAAUUGAAGAUGGAGAUACAUAUGCUCUGGUUGAACGCUCAAAACUGUACUGUGGUAACUGUUACGCCCAGAUCUUCCUGACCCCUGUGUUUGAGAAGCACUCUCCAGAUUACCUCCACGAUUCCUUACCUCACACAGUCACACUCAUUUCUGUGCCAGCUGCCACCAACGGAAAGAGAGGCUUUUCUGUGAAAAUAAUUCGUGACUGUUCUGGACCAACCAGCAGUGUUCUAGUGAAAGAAGUUAGAGGAAUGCAUAUCAGUCCUGAGGUGCGUAAUGCAAUUCAUGCUGGAGAUCGGAUCUUGGAGAUCAAUGGAGCCCCAGUUCGCACUUUACUGGAAGAGGAGGUGGAGGACCUGAUUCAAAAGACUGACCAGACUCUGCAGUUGCUUAUAGAACACGACCCUGUCCGACAGAGACUCGAACGACUGCGCCUCCAGUCCACUACAUCCUGCCUGGUUGUACCACCUCCUCCAUGUUUGCGGAUUUCCACCUCAUCUCAUGUGAUCUCCGCACUGGAAAAUAGAGACGCAGUGGGAGAGGGGACACUAAAGCGUCGAUCUCUCAGACGCAGUAACAGUAUUUGCAAGUCUCCUGGCCCAUCCUCACCAAAAGAACAUCCGUCCUUCUCUCGUGACAUUAGCCGUUCGGAAUCGCUUCGCUCCUCCACCAGCUGCUCUCAUCAGAUCUUUCGUCCCUGUGACCUCAUUCAUGGAGAGGUUUUGGGAAAGGGCUUUUUUGGCCAGGCUGUGAAGGUCACACACCGGGCCACUGGACAGGUGAUGGUUAUGAAGGAGUUAAUUCGAUGUGACGAGGAAACUCAGAAGACCUUUUUAAAGGAGGUGAAAGUGAUGCGGGGACUGGAAAACCCCAAUGUCUUGAAGUUUAUUGGAGUGCUCUACAAAGAUAAAAAACUGAAUCUCAUUACAGAGUAUAUAGAAGGUGGGACACUGAAGGAUUAUAUCAGAGAUGUGGAUCCUUUUCCCUGGAAGCAGAGAGUUAGCUUUGCUAAAGGCAUUGCUUUGGGAAUGGCAUAUCUGCACUCAAUGAGCAUCAUCCAUCGGGAUCUGAACUCUCACAACUGUCUGGUAAAACUGGAUAAUACUGUGGUGGUUGCCGAUUUUGGUCUUUCACGUUUAAUUGUUGAAGAAAAGAAGAGGAGUCCCACUCUGGAAAAGCCGUCUUCAAAGAAAAGAACGUUCCGCAGGAUUGACCGGAAAAAGCGCUACACUGUUGUGGGCAACCCUUACUGGAUGGCACCAGAGAUGUUAAAUGGAAAAAGCUAUGAUGAGAAGGUGGAUGUGUUCUCCUUUGGUAUUGUACUCUGCGAGAUCAUUGGGCGGGUCUACGCCGACCCUGAAUGUUUACCCAGAACCUUGGAUUUUGGGCUAAAUGUGAAAAUGUUUAUGCAGAAGUUUCUUCCUCAAGACUGUCCUCCAGCCUUUUUCCCUCUGGCUGUUGCCUGUUGCAGUCUUAUUCCUGAAGACCGGCCUGCCUUUGAGAAGCUGGAGGACUGUUUUGAGGCACUCGCUCUCCACUUGGAGCUGCGUAUCCCUUUGCCGAUGGAGAUGGAAGAGCUGCAUCAAGGUUUGCACAGAGUACACGGCUCCACCAAUGCUAGCAUGCCAGAGGAACCAGCAUCGUCAUGAUAGCUGGCAUGGGUGUUGUUCAGCUGUGGACUUGGGACUGGCUGUCCAUGGAACCAUGUUAAUCCUGACGGCAACAAGGACAUCUUACAAUCGUUUGAGAUGUGCGAGUAGCCCAGUAGACUCUGUGUGUUUAAGGACAUAACUCUGUCAGACUGACACACACCAGCGGGCUGCCCCUGUGUGCUCAGUUGACUACUUUUAUUUGUGAAUGCUGGAAAUAUACUGGAAGAUUUUUAUCGUAGCAAACAAAACAAAAAGGAGCCCUUUGUAGCCAAAUGAAUGUGCUUCAGGCAGUAGGCGUCUGUGGAUCUUGUUUCAGAAUUUGCCUCCUGUGCCUUUAUUACAUUCCAGUGGGAAUUUAGUUUUUUUGUCUUAAUUUAUUUUGCCCCUUAUCCAGUUGUGGUCACCUUAUUUGCUGGAUUUGCUUUCUUUGAUCUAAAUAUUUGUAAAAUAGUGUUUAUAUAUAAUGUACAUAUGUAGAUCAUGCAUUGCAUCACGUGAACAUGCCUGCAGGAGGUGCUGUGUUUGUGUCAGAAACACAGAAGCAGGUGCAUCCAUUGUAGAAAACAAAUGUGAAGAACCUAUCCCUUUUUUUUGGCCCAAAUGUGGUGUUUAUUUUAAGGUACUGACUGAUGCCUGCAGUUUUGAUGCUGUGGAACCAAAAAGUGGUCCGCCUGGAAAGGAAAUACUAAAUAAAUGAGGAAAAUGUGGCACUUGAGCUGGACCAUGUGUGCCUUUUUAUUUUGAAUCUUGUACUGUAGUUUUUACAGGUGUCUUAAGAUCUUCAUGCUGGAUUCAGUUUAGAAUUUUGUAAUGGAGCUGUGCCUGCUAACAUUAAAGGCUGGGGUUGCCAUUCAUGUGUAUACUGGGGUGAAAAACUUAUAUUUAUUUUUUUUUUUAUCUGAGAUCAUAUGAUUCCACACACUAAUUGUGUCUUGUUUGGCAUUUUCUGAAGCUAAAACAGGACACGUUUACAGAGGGUAAACCUUGGGAGAGAAUGGCAAAGGCUGUCCAUGUCCAGAUAAGACUGGAUAGUGAUGGGCUAAAGUGCAGUCCUGUUCUGCCAGCUACAGCAUGCACCAAUGUGGAUGCUAAUCUCAUUUGUGAGGUCACUGCUUUUAUUUUUUAUAGUGACCUUUUAUUUAAUAGAGAAAAUAAGGAAAAUCAAAAUAAAAUACCAGAGGUAGGAUUGAUUUCCCUUUAAGCCACAAGAGGGCACUGUUGCCUCAUUAUGAACAAUAGCUGAAUGGCCAGGAAUAUCUUUAAUGUGGAAGUCAAAACCAAGUUGAGCAGCAACAAGUACAGGGAAUGGCCCCAAUAAGCUGUAGUCAUUACAUGUUGAUGUGCUAGAUGUUCUCUGGUAAAGUUUUGUGUUUUAGCUUUCCAAAGUAAUCAGGCACUAGUUCUUUAAGCAGAGAAUUGUGGGAUGAGGUGGGGCCUUGUAAGGAAGACCUCCUGACCAAGGAAACAGCCCGCAUAUGGUGGUGUUUACCUGCUGCUUGGCCUGGUGGUUGCUGCUCGUCGUUUGGAGAUGUGCCUGGAAGAUUUUUGUCAUUUUUUUUUGGGGAUGCUGUUUAUCCAGAGGAAAUACAAACCACUAUCUUCAACAGUAAUGUGUUAUCAGCUUUUACUAUAAUGCAUUUGUUUGGGACCCUGAAUGUAAUUUUGGUGUUUGUCAAAUUUAAAUAUUGUGACAAUAUAAUUCAAUUUCAAGUCA